AUGCCUCAGCAUGGCAAGACGAAGAAUCCAAACAAACUGGAUGACUCCGAUGUCUUCCUGUCUCGAGCCUCCAUGAAUCGGUUCCCGGACCAUGCGGCGAACACGCUCUUUUUCACAGCGACCAGCUUCGACUUCGAUUCCCGGGCCGCCGCCCCUGAAGAGGGCAAGGGCCCGAACUUCAUGCGCCUCCACGAGAUUGGGCGGAGGGACUGCGAGAUCGUGAAGUAUCCGGAGAUCCCGAACUUGACGCGGAAGUCCCAGACCUACAGCAUCUCCUUCGGGCCAAAGCAGUCCACCGACUGGGAGGUCAACAAGUUUGUUAUGGCCCAGAGGAAAGCCACCACGAACUCGGGACCAAAGCCAGCUCCUGACUAUGGGAUGCGCUCGACCUACCAGGACCUGUCCGCCCCACGCAGCAAGUCGGACCUGGAGAGAUCAAGACCGGCCGCCCUGGAAGGCGUGCCCUUGGAGAAGGCCCGGGAGCCCUCCCUGGUGCUCCGGUCUCUCAGCCAGGAGACGCACGGCGGCGAUCAUUCUGGCUUCCAGGCCAGCGGGGAGAAGUUCCUGCCGAUUCACUACCUCGACAUCGACGGGAAGACACGACCCGACUUCUGGUACUCGAGUUACGGCAACGAGUUCGUGAACCCCUCCGCGAAACCGCACAAAGACUCGGUGAAGUGGCGGAAGCGCCAUGGCCACAAGCUGGUCAAGGGCUUCCUGAAGGACCUGGGUGCUCAGAUGCGUGAGACGCGCUCGACGGGGGACAUCCAUCAUAGACCCGUUCCCGUAGGUUUGGUCGGAACGGACAAGGAGACCAUGCGGAGGCUUGCGACACAGCCUCUCUAG